AUGGAGGCUACGUGCCCGCCUUCGGCGACGUCCGCGUCGUCGCUCCUGCUGCUCGCAUCCGACGAGGGCCCUUCCACCCGCCGCCGCGCCGCGCGUGAGCUCUGCCAUCGCGUCGGAUCCACGCCGGCGGCGCGUGCGGCGCUGCUCGAGCACCUCGGUGACGGUGGCGAGGAGGAGGAGGAGAGCGAUGAGAGGCUGGCGGGCCCUCCGCUCGUGCUCGAUCCGGACUAUCGAGCGGCUGCUGUUGAGACGCCGCUGCUUGCGGCGCCGGCGUGGGGCUCGGGAGCGCUCGUCGAGACCGAGCACGCACGGCGCUGCCUCCGGCUCCUCUCGCUCUCUCUUGAGCUGCGGAGGCCGGUGCUGCUCUCCGGACCGCCGGGCGCCGGGAAGAGCACGCUGCUCUCCGCCUUGGCGCUCGCCGCGGGCCAGCACGACAAGAUGGUGACCGUCCACCUCGACGAGCAGGUCGACUCCCGCUCGCUGCUCGGCGCGUACGUGUGCGGCUCGACGCCCGGUGAGUUUGUGUGGCAGCCGGGUGUGGUGGCGCAGGCGGCGGUGCACGGGCGCUGGCUGCUGCUCGAGGACGUGGACCGCGCGCCGCUCGAGGUCAUGUCCGCCCUCGCACCCCUCCUCGAGCGCGGCGUCCUUUUCGUCCCCGGGCGCGGCACGUCGCACAGCGCCGCGCAGGGCUUUCGCCUGUUUGGCACAGUCACCAGCACCGGAGCUUCGCUGGCGGAGGCGGCCGAGGCGGAGCUGGCGUCGGCGCGGCUGUCGCUGAGCGGCGGCCGCGCCUUCUCGUCGCGAGAGCUGUUUCGGCCCGAGCUCAGCCUUUCCGACGGCGUCCUCGCCAUCGAGCGGGUCGCUGCUAGCGUGGCGCUCGGCGAGCCGCUGCUUCUGGUCGGCGAGACGGGGACCGGCAAGACGACCGUCGUGCAGCAGCUCGCGUCGAUGCUCGGCCAGAAGCUGCUGGUGCACAACCUCUCGCAACAGAGCGACGCGUCGGAGCUGGUUGGGGGGUACCGGCCCGUGCAGCCGCGCCACGUGUACGCGCCCUUCGCCGCGCGCUUCGAGGACCUCUUCUGCCGCACCUUUUCGCGCUCCAAGAACGGGCCCUUCCUCUCCAAGCUGGCGCAGCGGCUCGCCAAGGGCGAGUGGGCGAGGCUGGUGGCGAUGGCGGAGUGGGAGAGCUUUGCGGCAGAGGCUGGCCGUCUCCGACACCAGCUGCGGCGCGAGGCGCAGGGCGGCGUCGACAUGCGCGAGGCGCAGGGCGGCGUCGGCGGCGCCGCGUUUGCGUUCGUCGAGGGCGCGCUGGUUCAGGCCGUCCGCGAGGGGCAUUGGCUGCUGCUGGACGAGGUUAACCUAGCGGCACCGGAGACGCUGCAGCGCGUCGCGGGCUUGCUCGAGGCGGGCGGCUCGCUCGCCCUCACCGAGAAGGGCGAGGCCGACGCUGUACCGCGCCACCCAAACUUCCGCCUCUUCGCCGCGAUGAACCCGCCGACCGAUUUUGGCAAGAAGGAGCUGCCCGCCGGCAUCCGCUCGCGGCUGACCGAGCUAUACGUGCCACGCCUUUCCUCGCCCGAGGACCUGUCGCUGAUCGUGAUUGCCUACCUUGGCCCGCUGCUGCCCUCGCCUCCCGUCGGCCCAAUCGUCGCCUUCUACCAAGCCGCCCUCGACGCAGCCGCCACAACGCUGCUCGACGGCGCCGACCAGCGGCCAGAGUACUCCCUGCGCACCCUCUGCCGCGCGCUGAGCUACGUGCGCGCCGCCGUGCCGCUCGGGUACGGCUUGCACCGCUGCUUGUACGACGGGUUCCACAUCACCUUCGUCGCGCAGCUGCAGGCGCGCUUCCAGCCGCAGGUCGAGGCGCUGCUACUUCGCCAUCUGAUGCCUCCGAAGCCAAACAAGCCGCCCCGCCCGCCGCCAGCGAGGGCGCCUGCCCGGCCUUCGGGCGACGGCUGGGUCGAGAUCGGCGGCUUCUGGCUGCAGACGGACCCUCGGCACACCGCGUCGGCCGAGGACCCGCGCUUCAUCGUCACCCCCUCGAUCGAGGCGCGCUUCCGCCAGCUAGCGCGCAUGGUGGCGGCGGGCCGGUACCCAGUCCUGCUGCAGGGGCCGACCUCGGCCGGAAAGACGUCCGUGAUCGAGCGGCUCGCCGCGGCGACGGGGCACGUCCUGCUGCGAAUCAACAACCACGAGCACACCGACCUAGUCUUCCGCGACGGCGCGCUCACCACGGCAGUGCGGCACGGCCACUGGGUCGUGCUCGACGAGCUCAACCUGGCGCAGUCGGAGGUUCUGGAGGCGCUGAACCGGCUGCUCGACGACAACCGCGAGCUGCACAUCCCCGAGACGGGCGAGACGCUCACACCGCACGCGCACUUCAUGCUCUUCGCGACGCAGAACCCGCCCGGCGCCUACGGAGGCCGGAAGGUCCUCUCGCGCGCGUUCCGCAACCGGUUCCUCGAGAUGCAGACCGACGAGAUCCCUGCGGGCGAGCUGACGACCAUCCUCGAGCGGCGGUGCGCCAUCUGCACCAUACCUCCCGGAUGGUAUCGGUGA